AAUUAAACAGAGUUUUCUAAAGUUUCUUCAUUAACGUGGGCAUUGAAGUUGAAGGGUGAACGGGCGACUGGCAGUUCUGAGACGGUCUACGAAAUAGCAAUAUACGGUGACAUCACAUUCAUUUACCAAUUAUAUAUGCUAUAAAGGAUGUUCCUAACUCAUACAUUGCAAAAAUCACACAAAUUCGAAGGCAUCAGGAAAGCAGCCAGAGGUUUGGAAAUGGGCGAGUCCUAGGAUGGCUGGAAUUUUAAUGUCGGAUAAAAAUAAGAAGGAAAUGAUCGAGAACUUGAAAAAGGAAGCUCAACAACUUCGCCAAAAACUCAAGGAAGACAGAAGAAAGCUUGACGAUGCUAACCUGUUUUCUAUGGGAAAUAAAGUGAAGCAGGUAUCUACAUUGCAACUUCGGACUAGGAAGUUACUCAAAGGUCACACAAGUAAAGUUCUUAAUAUAGAUUGGUCACAAGACAGAAGAAGAAUUGUCAGUUCCUCACAGGAUGGUAAAGUGAUAGUGUGGGAUGCUUUUACAUCAACAAAGGAACAUACCAUUAGUUUGCCGACAACAUGGGUGAAUUCUUGUGCAUAUGCUCCAUCCGGACGCUUGAUUGCAUGCGGUGGUCUUGAUAAUAAAUGCUCAGUGUUCCGUAUCGGUUCAUCACCCGCAAGUAAUCCUUCAGUUGCAUCAUCUACCAAUCCUGGUGCAAUCAAACCAACUUCAACAAACAGUACACCAGAAGCAGGGUCCAACACACAAUCACAACAAAGAAAAGUGGUGGCAAUGCAUACAAGCUAUAUUUCAUCAUGCUCAUUCACACAAUCUGAUCAUCAGAUUUUAACAGCUUCAGGAGACAGUACUUGUGCAUUAUGGGAUGUAGAAAGUAGUCAAUUAUUACAGAGUUUCCAUGGACAUCAAUGUGAUGUCAUGGAUGCUGCUUUGUCUCCUCUUGAAACAGGAAAUCUAUUUAUAUCUGGGGGAUGUGACAAUACAGCUUGUGUAUGGGACAUGAGAAUAGCACAAUGUGUUCAACGAUUCAGCACUCAUGAAUCUGAUAUCAAUACAGUCAGAUGGUUUCCAAGUGGUGAAGCUUUUGCAUCAGGAUCGGAAGAUGCUUCGAUACGUUUGUUUGAUCUUCGUGCUGACAAGGAGAUCGCUUGUUACCAGAAGAAAUCUGUGUUAUUUGGAGUAAAUGCAGUUGACUUUUCUCUGAGUGGAAGAGUAUUGUAUGGAGCUUACAAUGAUUAUUUGAUUCAUGCAUGGGAUACAAUUCAAGGAAUAAAGAUUGGGGCAUUAUUUGGUCAUGAAAAUAGAGUUAGUACUUUAAGAAUGUCACCUGAUGGAACAGCAUUUUGUUCUGGCAGUUGGGAUACAACAUUACGGAUUUGGGCAUGAUUGAUGUUAUUAAAUGGAGAUCAAUGCUGUGAAGAAAAUGUCUCCAAACACGAGGGAAAGUGGAGGAAUGAUUGAAAAGUAUAUGCCAGUCAACAUUGCAAAAUUUAAAAGAUUUUUCCUUCGCCACUUUUCCAGUAUUGUGUUGUGUUGUAUUAAUUAUAUUCAAUUACCAUAAUAUGAAUUGUGGCAAGCAGGCACAUCAUGCCUCAUGCGAUACCAUUGAGCAAAUAUAAUUUCAAGUGACAAAAUUUGUGUCAUUCAACACCGAUUGUCUUCAACUUUAUCCAUUUUCGACUUCAUGUUACAUUGAUAAUAAAUAUUAUUGCUAUAAUAUAUUCUGACAAUAAUUUUUAGGAAUUCCAAUUUUUUUUUUUUCAUUUUUGUGUUUGUAUAUUUAUUGUCAUAGCCCAUGGUAUUUCUGAACUUUGAGCUAAAGGACCCCUCUAUUGUUUCGAAAUUUGCCCAAAAGCUUUUUCUGGUUUCGACUGAUACAAUUUUUGUCAAACUUUUCUCCUAUUAUAAAAAAUUGUGACUCACUGAAGCUUUUUGCCAUCAACAACAUCUAAUUUUUAUAAAGAUACAUGAAAAACAAGCUCUUGUGUUUCGAAAACUUCAGGAAUUUAUUGGAUUAACAGAAUAUUUAUCUAGUCUGUUACCAAUUAUCUAAUCUAACCUAUAUUUUGUAUUUAAUGUUUGUAUUAUUUAAUUCCUAAUAUUUUAUCUACAUUGGAUGGAGCUGACACUAGACUAAAAGCUUCAAGAUAAAAAUAUUUUCUUUUUUGUCAAUUCGUUUGUUCAUCAGUUAUGAGCUGCGUGGUGGCAGGAAUGCAAUCAAUAAAUCGUAAAUAGUUUUUUUUUUUUCAAUAAUUGAUGCACAUGCUUAGUGUUCUACAGUGCAUGCCUGUACUGGAUUAUAAUAUAAACCGCAAAGGUGAAGAUAGUGAUGUUCUUUACAAAAAUUCCAAUUGUUAAAUUAAAUUUAAGAAUCUAAAAUUUUGACAUAUUUUUGAAAUAUGUUUCCAUCUUCAUGUUACAAUUUACAUUACCUUAAUUUUGAUUUUUUUUGCGAUCUCAUUCUAGUUGAAAUUUUUCGCAACAUUCCAUCAUCUGCAAGAUUCAUGAAAACAUAAAUUCAAGGAUUGACUGUUGCUUGAAAAAUAGUUUCACCAAGGCUGUUGUAGACUUAUCUCUGCAACUUUAAAUAUUUUAAUUAACAUGGUUCUUUGAGUACACUAUUGUGAGAUAUAGAACAAUAGGUAUGCUCCAAAAACCUUCUCAAUCAAGGUAUCAUCCAAGGCCCAAAUCUUUACUUUCGGUAUUGGUUUUUAAAUUGCUCGUGGAUGUGGCACAUCAUGCUAAGCAUUAAGAAUACGCUUGUGACCGCACCUCUGAUUACCCUGCCUUGGUUCGCAAGUUCGUUUUUGAGGUCUAUCUGGGAGAUGCCUUCAAUAUAACUUGCAAUAUAAUAGGGAUUAAUUCCAUUUUGAAUCGUAGUAAAUUUGUCAUGUGCAAUGAGUGUCCGUUUUUUUAUUGGUAACAUUAACAUUCUUUAAAACAGGAAUUGUUAUGUGUGACUGGCUUCUUUCUAUGAUGUCAAAACACAUUGUUUAUGUCCAACAUUUUGGCUAAAUGUUUUGGGUAUCAUCUGUGAAAUUAUAAUUUAUCUGUAUGUGAUAAGCAAAACAUUUUAUGUUCGUGAUGUUAACAAACACUUGAUGUUGGUACAUCCCCAAACUUAAGUCUGCUGUCAUAUCUGAAGAUUGCAAGAUAUGUAACUAUUCUUACUGCUGAAAUCAGGCAUAAACUGAAGUUAAGAUUUUUCAAAUUAUUACCUACUGGUAGGUGAGUGAUAUGCCCUGCAAAAUAUGAGCUAACAAUGUUUGCUUGUGAAGUACAUUGGCAUUGGCGUGUCAUAAUAGUUGUUACCUGGCUACCUGCACCGAGUGCUAUCCAAGGUCCGGCUUCUUCAAUGUGUGAAUAGUCGUAUUUAUUUGCUGCUUACCUUCCGCAUAAUUUUUGUUUUUCGUUUUUAUCCUGAUUAUUAUUUUCGUUUUAUGAUCAUGUCAGACAACAGCAGCAAUAAAAUCAUUAUUUCAAAUAAA